UUCAAUCUGGGAGCAGGAAGACAGAUAGUGAAAUGAAACUGGCAGCCCAACAAGAGUCAUUAGAUAGACUGAAACAAUACGACCAUUCAGCCCAACAGAAACAGUCAAAUGAGGCACCUCGUCUUCCUCUAGAGAGGCAUCUGAGCAGAGAGCAUGCACACUGAGCUCUGUCAGCUCCUGACACACCUGCGAGGACGGAGAAGAUGUCGGCUGUUGAUCUUCACAUGGAUCCAUCAGAGGGAGGCCUGAAGGAGCUGGUGCUGAGGUGGUUCACUGAGACUCAGGCGCCGCUCAUCGUCAACAAUGGAAACUUCCCUGACUGGUUUCAAGGUUUCGCUGCAAGAAAGGACACGGAAGAUCUGCUGAGAGAUAAAGCUCUGGGCUGUUUUCUCAUCCGCCUCAGUGACAAAGCCAUCGGCUACAUCCUGUCCUACAAGGGCCACGACAGGUGCCGCCAUUUUGUCAUCACCCAGAAUCAGGAUGGACAGUUUGUCAUAUCAGGAGACUGUCAGACGCACGGCAGUCUCACUGAGCUGAUAGAACAUUACAAAGUCAGCCCCAUCCAGCCCUUUGGAGAAUACCUGACCUCCAGCUGUUAUGAGGAAGACACAGGUGAGCUGUAUGAUGUGGUGAAUUAUAACAAGAAGUCUGGAGUGAGUGUCCAAGCUCUGCGGACUCUGUGGGACAACAAAAAUGAUCUUCACAGCGACUCUGGCAGUAAUCAGAGAAGAUCAUUUUUGUGGGACCACAAAAAUGAUCUGCACAGCGACCCUGGCAGUAAUCAGAGGGUUCAGCCGCAGAGUGAUCCUCCUGCAGCGCAGCCUCCUCCUCCUGCAGCGCAGCCUCCUCCUGCAGCGCAGCCUCCUCCUCCUGCAGCGCAGCCUCCUCCUGCAGCGCAGCCUCCUCCUCCAGCAGCGCAGCCUCCUACAACGCUGCCCCCUGCACUGCCACCUAAAACUAAUAGCAGAAAGCUGACAGGAGCCGUGUCUGUAGACACAGUGUCUCUCUCACAGGGAGUUCCUCCUGUACCAAAGAGAGGCAUCCCUCUGGGCUUCUCCCUCAGCGGAUCUCUGCCCGAAACCACAUCACAUCAAAGUGAAACCCAGACUGACGAGAACAGAUCAGAGAGACUCAGAGGAAACACAAACUCAGCACUAACGUCUGACUCUGUUCACGUCGCUGACACCAGUUAUCCAGGUGACCUCUGUCCGACAGGGACCACCUACUCUGAGCUGACACAGGUGGAGAGCAGGAGCAGAUCUCUACCACGACUCAACAACAGCAGCAUGGAGGAGGAGACGGAGUACUCUAACCAGCUCAGCAGUCCCUCCUUCUCAACAUCAUCAUCAUCAUCUUACUCACCCACUGCGCUGAAGAAGGUCACCUGCCACACCUACUCCCUCCACGACCCCAGAGACAGUCAGAAGCCGAGCAGCUCCAGGUCGCAGCAGCAGGAUGAUGAUGUGGAAAUGUCCCGGUCCAACCCGCUGUACCAGACCUCUGAGGGGCCCGCAGAGAGUUCAGCUCAGUCGGCUCAGCAGGGAGAUGCCAUGUACGCUGAGGUCCCCCAGGGGCCGAGUCCUGCUGGGCUGCAUGAUAACACCUACGAGCAGAUCCCUGGGGAGGCCACCGCCGACCAGGGCAACAUGUACGAGUCUCUGGAGGAUGUCAAGACCAAGAAGUCUAAAUCCACCUGGGGCAAAAAUAAUAUGAAUUGGAAGAAAUUCCUCCCUGAUUACAUGAAGAAAUAAAAAGACUCAGCGUGUCCGAUCAGCUGGGUUAAUUAAGACAGUAAUGAAUUAAGUAUUACAGAUAAUUCCCUUUUAUAAGAACACUAGUCCAUAGCCACUGGUAGCUUUGUCACCUUCUACCUAUGCCAGUCCUCAAUGCCUAUGUGCAGUUUCACAUAGAUUGACCACGUCAGUGAGUAGAAAAACGUGGGACAGACAGAAUGACUGACUGACAGAAUGACACACUGACAGUUUCCGUGAUUAUGUACAGCAUACCAUACCAUGACUUAGUCAUAGCAAACAUUAGAAACAACACCAACAUUGGUCCACAG